AUGUCGCCCCAAGCUCCGUCCCCGGAGUUGGACGAGUCCACUCCGCUCCUCAAUCCUGAUCCUUAUCGAGGAUCCCCCACGAAGCAGCGUUGGUCAAUAUGGAGUCCCGCCAGCCGCGUCCUCGUGGCAGGUUUCCUGAUCACUCUUUCUUUCUCCUUUACCCAAGUCCCGAUAAUCUACAUCUUCCGCCAGAUGGUUUGCGAUGUGUACUAUGACGAAGAACACCAUGAUCCAUAUCAGGGCACUGAUGGAAAAAGAGACCGGUGCGACCGCAACGAGAUCGCCGCGCGCACCGCCGCCCAGCUAGCCAUCCUAGCGGUGAGCACGACCCUAUGCGGGACAUGCAACCUUUUCAUCUCGGCAUGGCAGGCCAAGACGCUGGGGCCGCGAGCUGCCCUUAUGAUCCAGGUCUUCAUUCCUGCCAUUAGGGUGGCUGCCCAGAUCUUUGGCGUUCUCCUCGGUGGGCAGAAGGGCAUCAUUACGUUCCAGGCCACCCAGGUCAUCACUACAUUUGGGGGGCCGGCGGGCUAUAUACUUAUUGUGAAUACCAUCGCUAGCGAGGUGGUCGAGCCCAAGCAGCGGACAGCCGUCUUUGGUAAAUUGCAGGGCUGUCUUAUGCUUGGUCAAGCAAUCGGCUUUCUAGCCGGCGGGAUGCUAGGCGAUUCAUUUGGCAUCAGGCGGCCUUUCGAGACAGCAUUCGUGUGCUUCCUCAUAGCCACGGUUUAUGUUCGCCUUGCUAUCCCUUAUCUACCCCCAAGCGCCGUUGCAGCAGGCAAUAAAGCUCCAAGAGGUGUAAAAGGGUUCUUCGCGCCACUGAAAGUCUUGAAACCACAAAAGGUACGCCUUGCCAACGGUCAGGUCAAGAAACACUACGGCGUUUUUUUCUUGUGCUCUGGGGUGUUUAUGGGGGUGCUGGCUACUGGUUAUGUCACAACCCUUGUGCAACUAUACACAUCUAAUACGUUUGGCUUCACUCAAGCCGACAACGGACGAUUGAUCUCGGGGAAUGCACUCAUGAGGGCUGGCUUCCUGACCUUCAUGUUCCCCAAAAUCAUUGACUGGGGUAGGACAUGGUUCAUCAAGGCCUCGCAUACUCAGCCAUCAGAGGUCGAGACCCCACCUCUUGAGAUGCCGACAGACCCGAGACUUUUCAAUGCACCAACAGGGGUUCAAGGAGAGGAUCAGCCGCUGGAACCCAUGGCGCCUGCGCCUGUCGAAGAAACGGCUGGACGCGGUUUUGACCUGUAUUUCCUUCGCUCGAGCUUGCUUGUCGACGCUGCUGUCACAUCUGUCGCAGCGUAUGCGACUGAGGGUUGGCACAUGUACAUCGCGGCUUUUCUCCUACCAUUUGCGUCAGGGACGGCGCCCGCUGCCAAAGGUGUCAUCACGGAAAUGUGCCCGCCUUCUCAACGUACAGACGCUCUGGGAGCCAUCACACUCGUCGAGAAUAUUGCCAACCUUUCAACACUCAGUCUUUUCGGCUUUGUGUUCUCCACUCUAGCUGAGAUUGGUCAGGCACAUCUCACCUUCUUCCUCAAUGCGGCCGUCGCUGUUCUCGCGAUGAUCGUACUACUCUUCUCUCAUUUUCCUCCAGCGAAUAGUGAGCUUGUCGAAGAUGAAGUGGACGAUGUCAUUGGGCGCGACUAA